CCUGGUAUUUUUUUUUUUAACAUUACACUGCUGCAGUCAGGUGACACAAGAUGAAUUAGUCAGAGUGUGAGAAGUUAUCACAUGUUCGCGAAGUUCCCGUGUGUUAAAUAUAUGAAAAGGAAGGUGGCGGUUUGGACUUGUUUUGUGUGGAUUUUGCUUUGACAAUGGAUGACUGGCAUCCUUUGCUUCCCCCAGCUAUACAGGAAUAUGAAGGCCUGCAAAGGAGGCAUGAAGCAGCAACUCAGGAGUGUAAGAUACUGGAAGAGGAACGAGAUGAGGCAAUUAAGAAGCUCGAUGAGUUUCAACAAGUGUCUGUGAGGGUCAUCGAAGAGGUCGCUGCCAUUCAGGAGAAACUGGAGACGGAGAGAAUGUGUCGAGAAAGCGCUGAAGCCCUGGCCUCCAAGUUGAACCAUCGGAACAACUCUUUGAAACGGAAGAGCGUGAUGUUGAUGUCUCGCCUCAGCCCAGAGACCGUCGGCGAGAUAAACCUUGAGGAUGAAGAUGAAGAAGGUGAUGAGCUAAAUGCUGCCAGUCAGGACUGCUUGUCAACCACGUGCCAGGACAAAGUCUCAGAGCUGCAAAGUAAAUUGCAGUUGACACUGAAGGAGAAAGAUCAAGUCUGUGAUAGUCUUGCAAUGCUGAGAGAACAGCUGAAGGAGACCAGGCAAGAACUGCUGAAAGAAAAACGUGAUUACACUGUUUUAAUGGCCGAGACGGUGCAGCAAAAGAUGAUGCUGAGAAAAUAUAACAGAGUGUCUCAGUUUGCUGUGGAGGAAUUUGAAGCCUUACAGGACAGCUUGAACCUGGAGCGGGGCUUGAGAGAGGGGCCGGAGAACUUUGCCAGAGCAAUGCUUGUUGAGCAAAAGAUGCUGAAGAGACGGAGCCAGGUCCCGACGCAGAGCUCCGCUCUACAGGAGGCACUUAGCCAGGUUACAUCACUGACCACGGAUUUGGAAACCUUAAGGCAGGAGCACCGGAGCGAGAUAAAGCAACUGGAGGCCAAUUUGAGUCGCUGUAAGGCGCUAAAGGCGCCGACAGCCGCGAGGUGUAAACUUGAGCUUGUGGAGGAGGAGAAGCGGGAGUGCAGUGCCAAGUGCUCCGAGGCCCAAGCGGAGGUCAAGGAUCUGAGGUUUACGGUGGAAGAGCUUGAAAAGAAACUGCAAACGUUUACCGACCCACCACGUCCUCCAGUACCGACAUGUCUACCUCCGCCUCCGCCACCUCUUCCACCCUCAGCAGCCUUCAAUCCACUCAGCUCCCUGCUGUCAUUGAUCAGAAAGAGACAAAACAGCAGUGAUAUUCCACUUGUGGUCCACAAUUCUGACAAGACAACAGAAGUGGAUCUCAGGCAGCAGGCAGUCGAGGAAAUGAUGAACAGGAUCAAGAAAGGGGUUCAGCUUCGGCCUGUCAGCCAGAGACCAAGUAACAGGAGACAUAUGGAGAGGAUGCCCACAAAUUCUGCCUUCAAGGAACUUAAAGCAAUCGUGGGGAAUUUUGACCAGGCCGUUUCUCAACCAAAAAAGUCCUCUUUAUCAUCCCAAGAUGACGAACUGCAGAAAAUCCUUCUGAGACGCCGUGACGUACUGGAAGCCCCAAACGCCUCUUAGGGCAGUGAUCCUCACAGUGUGGUCAUACUACCACUAGUGGUACACAGGCUCACUCUCAUGGCACAUGAAAAGAAUCACUGCCCGUGUACACUUCAUUCUCAUUAUAAAAUGUUCUUAUAUUUUGGUGCAUAAUAUUACACUGACUUCCAAUAAUAUUACUCUCAUGAACACUUGGACCGACCACGUUACUGGUUUUUAAUGUUGGUCAUGGUGAUGGUACAAAUGCACUUAGUAUUUUUUAAGUGAUACUAACUGUUAUAGGUUUGAGAAAGACUGCCUUCGGGUAUUACGUGAUUUUAGAUUUUCUUUUGGUCUGUUUUUGAGAAGUUUUCCUUCCAGACAAUAAACGACUAUAAACACCAUAAUAUUUAGGGAUGCACAAACUGUAAAUGGUGCGCAGUGAAUGUGAAAAUAAAUCAUGCAUGACAGAGAAGCAAGAGUGGCCUAUUUGUGUUCCCCUGCUAUUCGCAUGGAUAGGGACCGAGCUCUGCCACCAAUAACAAAUAUC